AUGACGAGUCAAAACGGCAAUAAAGCCAACAACGGCAAUACUAACGCAAAACAGUCUAGUCAGGGGCACGACAUCAAGCAACCGCCCAACACGGGAUGGAAAGGUCCUAUUCCGGCUAAGAACGGUGGUCGCGAAGUAGGCUACAUUCAGAAGCCCCCUUACAGCUGGCAAUCGGACGAGUUCCAAGUCAAGUACCGCGCAAAGUGUUGGUGUGGAAAGCUCGAAUUCGAAUACCACGGCGAUCCGAUCGACGCCAAGCACUGCCACUGUACGCAAUGCCAACGCCUGCACGGAGCGCCCUUCCAGUGGGCAGCGCUGUUCCACAAGACCUCGGUACGCUUGGCCCAGCACUGCGAUCCGCUCGACUUGGAUUUCUUCAGUACUCAAGAGGGUCAUAGCGAACACAGUGUUCCGUGCAAGAUCAGUUGUCGCAACUGUCGAUCCCCUAUGGCCGACGAGGGCCGAAACAUGGUCAUGGCGUACCCGUCUUCGUUCGUGUUCAAGGACAAGCAUGUUCCCGCAGCGUUUGCGCCCACAGCGCAUAUUUUCUACGAUGAACGAGUCAUGGAUCUCGACGACGAUAUUCCCAAGUGGUCGGGCCACAAGAACUCUUCGGAGCAGCUGCCGCAUGCGCCUAAUGAUGCAACGGAUCGUACAAUGGGCAAAGGCAAGAGGCACAAGGCUGAUAACGAGUGA